GGGCACCGCAGGCAAAUCUGCGCCAUCCAACCUUGGCGUUUGCGUCGCGUUGCGUUGCGUUGCGGCGGAGCAAACCACUGCAACUCGCUACCACCAGCCUUUAGCGCAACUCUCCGUCUCAGACUCGCCGUCUGGGUCCUUUCAGGGAUUCCAGAGUGGACACUCCAGCACCCAGCACCGACACCCAGCACCACUACUGGCACACUGCAUCUUCAACUCGAACCACAGUCAGAAAGUCCUUCUUCCCCAGACAUUACAGUAGAUUCAUGAACGAACAUAUCUGUCCUCAUCCUCCCGGUAUUCAACAUUGCGAGCUCAUAAUGUCGCCUGCCCAUCCGUCGAGAUAAUCAGUAUUUUACCAAGUCCGACGAUAUCGAAGCUUUCUCCUCGUGCACGCCAUCCCUAUCACUUCCGCCGUCGCGUUUGUUGGGAUUACUCUUCACCAGGUCCUAAGUCGCAACCAGCACUUUUCAGUCUUCUUCGACGCGAGCCUCGUUAGGGCUGUUGUACCACCUCGUUCGUCUGUUCCAUGUUCGACCCGGCUUGCAUGCUUGGCCGGUAAUAUUUUGAAUCGACGCAGGAAAGUCCUCCAUUGCUCGGACAGUCUGGCACCGUGGCUACAAUGAAGGGCGUGGUGCAGCGCGUGCUCAAGCGCUUGCCUUCAGUACCAUUGGGUCCAUCCGCCGAGGAAGUCAAGAAUGAAAAGUCCAGAUCGAGGACACUGCCACAGUUAUCUUUUUUCCGCAGGCGGAUCAGGUUAAAAGGCAAUUCGUCCAUAUCCAUACCAUUGGGAUUUCUACUUCUCUUUCCGAGCUUGGUGGUACUUUUGAUCCUUAUACUUGUGUUGAAGCAUCCAAGCUCCCCUGGGCGCAUAAUGAUGCCUGCAGGCACACCCCCUUCCAUAAGAAAAAUUAGCGAAAAGUACGAUCGCGUGUUUGCCACGGGAUGUUUAAAUCCAGAGGAGACCUCAAAGCAGCCUCGCGCAAAUGCGGCGUUCGUGGUUUUGGCGCGAAACAAGGAGCUUGAUGGAGUGAUACAGUCGAUUAAGAGCAUCGAGCGACAUUUCAACCGGUGGUUUCACUAUCCAUAUGUGUUCCUGAACGACGGCGAUUUCGAACAGUCCUUCAAAGAUACCAUUACAAAUUACACCAGCGCCCCAGUCGAGUUUGGAAAGAUCGAUGCGACCAUGUGGGGUUAUCCUGACUGGGUUGAUCAUGAAGUCGCAAAAGAAGGAAUUCGAAAACAGGGAGAUGCGGCAAUCAUGUACGGUGGGAUGGAGAGUUACCACCAUAUGUGCCGUUUCUAUUCCGGGUUCUUCUACAAACAUGAACUUCUGCAGAAGUACGAGUGGUAUUGGCGGCUCGAACCUGAAAUCAAGUAUUUCUGCGACAUCACUUACGACCCUUUCAUCGAGAUGGCUCGGGCGAAUAAGACUUACGGGUUCACUAUCGCGGUUAAAGAGCUGAAGGAAACAGUGCCAAACAUUUUUCGGUACGCCUCAGCCUACAAGCGGAAGCAUAACCUCAAGUCUAAAGGGCUCUGGGAAAUGUUCGUCGAGAAACCCAAAGAAAAGGACGAAACGCCCCAAGACAAAAGGUUGAAGACGUUGCCCGAUGAAAUCCUGCAAACUGAGCCUGGACAUCAAAACAUCGAGACCAUUGACCCAGAAGCCAUGGAGGGCGAAAAGUACAACAUGUGCCAUUUCUGGAGUAACUUCGAGAUUGCCCGGUUGGAUUGGUUCCGCAGCAAGGAAUAUAACGACUUUUUCGAAAUGAUGGACCGUAGCGGAGGUUUUUGGAUGGAGAGAUGGGGUGACGCUCCCAUUCAUUCUCUCGCUGCUGGAGCCCUCUUAUCACCUCGUGACAUACAUUAUUUCCGUGAUUUUGGCUAUCGUCAUACCACAAUCCAACACUGUCCUGCGAACGCUCCAGCGAGACAACUUCCGCGCAUUCCAUGGCUUGAGAAGACGACCGAAGAUGAGAAGGAACGCCAAGAAGAAGACGAAUACUGGGCGACCCCGGAUCCACCCAAGGAGAACGGAGUUGGAUGUCGGUGCCGCUGUGACACUGACAUCCGUGAUGUUGAAGGCAAAGAGGGCAGUUGUCUUGCCCAGUGGGUCGAGGUUGCCGGUGGCUGGGCGUCACCUUGAGGACCUUUGUCCAUGUUCCCAGGUCGGGAAAGAGCUGGAAAAAGCAGGAUGUUUGGUUGCGCAUGACGCUUCCGGCGUUGGGUGUUGUCCUUAUUGUCUGAGGACAUUGUUAGGCGUUCCAGCUGUAUGAACCUGAACACGGUCGGAAGUGUGAUGUGAUUGGCUCCAAGGUGGAGGAGGGUUGGAUGCUCCAAAGUCUGCUGUUCGGUCCCAAUAUACUCCGAGGAACUGGAUUCGAGCUACAGAUUCCGAAAGAAUACUCGACCUGUCGUUGAGUCCUUGAAUGGCAUUGAACACUCCGUCCUCCAGGACUCCACGCGACUAUUUCACAUGGCUAUAUGACAAAGGGGCGGGAAGUUUGUUAUUCAGCACCGGAGAACAAAAUCGGCGCCAAAGCUGUGAGAAGGCAGAUAGGCUUUGGCGAUGAGCACAGCCAGGUCAAUUGACGUGGACAGACGAAGAAAAGUCAGGGAUGAUUCUACAAUAGCCUUUUUUGGGUGUUGAAGGGGGACGGCCAUUCAUAUACAGCACUAUGAAAGUGUGGCAGUCGGGAUUGUGUCAAUAUUAUAACACUACGAGAAGAUAUCGCCAUACAGACAUGUUCUUGUGUAAUUGUUUAUUGGUUGUACGUGGACCUCUCUGCCAUGCUGUCCUUAGCUUGUGUCUCAUCGGCUCAGAGUCAGCCACGUCGAACUGUAUCCAUCCGUGUAUCAAAGGUACCUGGCAGGUCUGUACGGAUGUAGCGCUGACAUUGAUUGGUGCACGAUACAUCCAAUUGAAACACGCUUCAUCUCAG